AUGACAGCACGGCAAUAUAAUACACACGAAGAUCGCGAUCUCCUCGGCAACAAUUCUUAUUUUUCAUCUAAUGUCCCAGCUAGUCGAUCUAUCUCGAUAAGCAGAAGCGAUGGAGAUGUUUCGAGUUUGAGCAGUUCUUCUAGCAGAACUAUCAGUCCGCGACCUGCUACUCCGGAUGAAAAAGCCACGGUUUGGACACCGAGUUGGGUGCCAUAUUCAUUUAGUCAUAUUUAUUUGGCUAUACUUAGCCUUUUCUGUCUUGGAUUAUGCCUAACAACAUUCUUGCUUUGGUGGAAGUCUUCGACAAGCUAUGGUCUAGGGUCUGAUGAUGGCUCCUCGGCUCUGCUGAUUGGAUGGCGAUACAGCCCAACCAUGAUUGCUGUCGUGUACGUCCAAAUGACUGCUAUACUAUUCGAUGAUGUUAAGCGCACCGAAAUAUAUGCUCGCUUAGCUCGAACUGAAGGAGCAAUGGCGAUGUCCAGCAUUCUCAAGACGCCGGGAGCCUGGUGGAAUGCGUUGUAUGAUGGGUUUUCCAAGAAGAAGCAUGGGAGACGCAGCUGGGUUUUGGUAUGCGCUGCAUUUCUCAAUAUCAUUGGGUUCAUGGCGAUUUCCUCUCUUUCUUCCGCUUAUUUAUUUGCCGACGACGUGGUGGUUUCUAAGUCGACCGACUUUUUCACUCUUAUGCCUGUCACGAACUCUCCUCUGCCGAUCGAUGCAGACCGGUCGACACACUUUCGAACUAUAGCCAAUCUAUUACAAAACGUCUCCACUUCGCCUUGGAUCACAGAUGAUUAUACGAUUCUACCCUUUUGGCCGGCUAGUUUGGAGGAUGCGCCUAUAACCUCAUUGCCGUCGAGUACUUCUCAAACAUGGAAGGCAGACACCAUGAUGUUUAAAUCCCAGCUCGAAUGUACAGCAAUGUCAGUCAAAGCUCAAACAAAUGAGACUGUACAAUACACGAAAGGUGUUGAAAAGGUCCCGUCUAUAUCCAUUAUCUGGUCUUCGUCUGGUGACUGUGAAUACGGACUGUCGGCGGAUAAGGACUUUUUCAAUAUGGGAGGUGGAAGUUGGUCUGACGCUUCCACUUUCUACUAUGCAGAAAUGGAACUGGAGAGUGGCGUUGAGACGGUGUUUAGCACUAACCACACGGAACAAUGCGAUGGUAAAGAGAUUAUUAUCGUUACCGACUCGUGGACGUCCGCGAAUGCAAAGUAUGGGGCUCAACUGUGUGAGACGAAAUAUUACAUGGCCAACGUCACGACAUCCGUUGCGCUGACGGGCGAUGAUCCCGAUAUCACCUAUAAUGAAACCGAGUUUGAACAAAAGAAAGUUUCGAUUCCUGAUACACUUGUGAACACCACGGAAUUUCGAGGAAUGAUGCUGAACUCAGAUUGGCCAACUUAUAUGAUUUCAAUCCUGUGGUCAGAAACUGCGAUGCUCGGAGGACCCACUAUACUCUUGGGUGCAUUGUAUGAUUAUAACAUGACUUCCCUAGUCAACGAUCCAGAUUGGAUCUACUCUGCGUCCAAGGCAAAACAGCGGUACUUUGGUGAAGUGUUACAGGCAGCUUUAAGCCACCAAGAAGCUUCUCAAAAAUCCGCAAUGCAAGGUGUAGUCCGCGAUGUUGAAUCUAGAGUCGUUGUUCAGCCUGGUGCUGCGAUUGCUUUGGGAGUUUUAUUCGCCAUCUCGUUCUUCCUUGUACUAUUCGUCUGGUGGUCUACGCAGUUGAACCGCAGGCCAUUGAACUUGACAGAAGACCCGGCUGCGACGACAGGUGCCGCUCGUUUGAUUACAAAUAAUCCUCAAGUCAGAUCAGACUUUCAGGUGUUCAAACAGCCAUCGCAGAAAGAUAUGGAGGAAACACUCAAAGGGGAGUGGUUUAGUACUGACUCUUAUGGACUUUGUCGAAACGAUCCUGACAAUACGAUCAAGCACAACACAACACAAUCUCAAAAUGGAACACCGGCUUUACUUCGUCUGCCUGCUCUAUUGGGGCUGGUGGUGCUUCUUGGCGCAGUCAUUGCUGGCAUUGUUGUGCUUUAUCACUUUGCCGAGAGUGUGGGACUUUAUGAAAAGGCAUUUGUCUACCAAGUUCAAGCCUCUUUCUUCAGUAAUGGGAUAGCUUCCGUCGCUCCAUUCUCCAUGAUCCCAACACUCAUAGCCACAGGAAUUGGCCUCUGGUGGGGUGCUAUUGACGAAAACUUCCGUCGCCUUACACCAUACUUGCAGAUGUCGAGGGAGAACCCACAACUAUCUCGUGGUGCUGGGCUAUCGUAUCAGUCCUCGUUCUGGCUUUGGGCUUGUGUGAAAGCCGCGCUCAACAGACACUGGCUACUCUCCCUCCUCACAUUUGGAAGCUCACUUUCUCCAAUAUUCACGACUACGAUGUCGGCUCUUUUCGACCGUGGUCCUGGCAAUAUUACCCAAGCCAUCACCUUCAACCGAACACUGGAAGUUCGGGACAUUCCGCUUGUUUUUGGUACUUCGCAAUCAUACUACCCAGGUUCUUCAAAUGAUUAUGCAGGAACUGUCCUUGCCGGUUUGUAUACGAACCUUUCGUCUCAUUGGAUGUACACGGCAGCCAUCCAACUAACACUAAAUGGGUCUGAGCCUUCAUGGAGUAAAGAUGGCUGGAGCUUUGUACCUGUCAAACUAAAUGAUCUUGACCGUAUCAACCUACCAAACGACCUUGAUGCCUCUGAUGAAACACUCGGCGGGCCUACAAAGAACAUCUCAUUGACAACACCAGCUGUCCGCGGCCGUAUCGAAUGUGCCGAGUACCCAGCCCAAACUUUGACAAACCUUUCAGUCUGGCUCACAUCUACGGAUCUAAGCAACCACACAGUCUGGAAUGCGAGUACAAUCCCAAAUGAUCUCGAAGGCGGUUACCAGCUCGGCGCAGUAUACAGCAAACUCCCCAGCGCCAUUCUCCCUAUCACAUCAUCUGAAAACAUAUCAACCUGCCCAAGUUGCACAACCGUCUUCGUCAAUCCAGCUGAGAUAGUAUGCUGUGGCAAUGGAAGCAGUAGCGCAUGGGACCCUAGUAUAGCGAUUGGCUAUUGGUCCCCAAACACCGACCCUGCAACCUGGACAGUGCGCAAUUGGCAGCGAAACUUCACGGCCAAAUGGGUUCACGGAAACGCAGUGACAGGAAUUAAGCGGAAUACGAAUCAGAAUGGCUAUUAUGAUGCAGACUUACUCUUUCCCGAGGUUCCGUCCGUCACAAUGAUGAAUUGCAGGCCAAUUGUCGAGUCAGCCGAGGCAGAUAUCAUUGUAAACCCAGCCAACGGCGAGAUUCAGACCUUCAGCAUCACUAGCCAGCCAACAGAACUGACAGAGGCCUUUUCGGAUAAUUUCUUGCCACACAACAAGACUCGCUUCAGUCGGGAGACGGGAAUGUUUUACUACAAUGUAACACUAAGCUACGGUCGACUCUUCAUGGCAUCAAUGCUCACAGCAGCCGACACGCUCCACCUCGGCGGCGCCGAGCACGUAGGGGGUUAUAGCACAGAAGAUUUGACCGACAACACAUACAACAUACGCGACGAGAUCAACGGAUUGAACAUGGAUUUCAUGACAUAUUCCAUGUACAGUAUGGCAGGGAAAGACCCCUCAGCAUUACUGAACGGAGAUACAUACUCCACGCUCGCACAGAAAACAUUCACGACUUUCUUCCAGCACUUCGUCAGCAACAAUGUCUCUCUCAGCACAGGCGGCUGGGCAUACCAGAAGAUUAACGCAAGUCUUCCUAGUACACUUGGGCCGGCUAUCGAGCUAGAAGAUGGGUAUAUACCUUCCGAUACGGCUACGGAGUACCAGGAUGUUAUGCACCCCAUUUCGCAUACGAACAGGACAGUCGCAGCUCAUAUCUCCCAGCGCGUCGAGCUUCUACAAAUGAAUGCUGUCGCCGUUUGGCUCAGUGUCGGUAUAUUGGGGUGGCUAAUCAUCUCCACCAUCAUCGUGGCGGUUCUUCAGAAACGGUACUUCGGUGGUCUGGUUCGGAACGUGGAGUGUCUAGGUGAUGUCCUGGUACUCAUAUCCGGGAGUGCAAAUUUCUUGCAGGUGGUGCGGGAGAUUGAGUCAGGGAAGUUGUUGGCGGGUGAUUAUGAAGGGUUACGGACGCGGUUGGGCUGGUUUGUUGAUGAGGCUGGAGGGUUGAGGUGGGGUAUUGAAAUGGAGGAGAGCUAUGGAGAGGGGCCUGGUGUUCAUUGGGUUUCUGAGCCGGAGUUUUCCAAAGAGAGGAACAGUACUUGGAAUGUUAGGGAUGGGGAGGAAAAUAUAUAG